AUAGCUAUUCUGGCAUCUACUAUCUGAAAUAUGGAGGGGAAGAGAGCAAAGAUAUUGAUUGCAGUGGAGAAGCUGCUUCCGUGUCUCAAAGGGAGAGAACCAUCUUUGUUGGUGACUGCCUUCAUCAGGCUAAGCAGCGCCUUCGUGAGAAGGAACGUGCACAAAUGAAUGCAACCCUCAUGUCGUGUCCUAAAGGAGUAUAUGAGCAUGAAUAUGGGAAGAAGUCUUUGGGCACUAUGGAACUCAUGAUGAAAGACUACACAAGAAGAU